UAGGCUGAACUCACGGGAAUCAAAUGGCGUAGGUACAAUUUUGGAGGGCACGGGGACUGUGGACCCAUAAUUUCAGCCCCAGCCCAAGAUGAUCCAAUCCUGCUAAGUUUCAUCCGCUGUCUGCAAGCCAACUUGCUGUGUGUGUGGCGCCGUGAUGUCAAACCAGAUUGCAAAGAGUUAUGGAUAUUCUGGUGGGGAGACGAACCCAACCUAGUGGGUGUAAUACAUCAUGAACUGCAGGUUGUGGAAGAAGGACUCUGGGAAAAUGGCCUUUCCUAUGAAUGUCGGACGCUGCUCUUCAAAGCGAUCCACAACCUGUUAGAAAGGUGCCUAAUGGAUAAGAACUUCGUUAGGAUUGGGAAAUGGUUUGUCCGACCCUAUGAAAAGGAUGAAAAGCCAGUCAACAAAAGUGAGCAUUUGUCCUGUGCUUUCACGUUCUUUCUUCAUGGGGAAAGUAAUGUAUGCACAAGUGUGGAGAUCGCCCAACACCAGCCAAUUUAUUUGAUCAAUGAGGAGCAUAUACACAUGGCUCAGUCUUCACCUGCACCAUUUCAAGUACUGGUAAGUCCUUAUGGAUUAAAUGGCACACUAACAGGCCAUGCAUACAAGAUGUCAGACCCAGCCACCCGGAAGUUGAUCGAGGAAUGGCAGUAUUUCUACCCAAUGGUGCUGAAAAAGAAAGAAGAAUUGAAAGAAGAGGAGUUGGGAUAUGACGAUGACUUCCCUGUGGCAGUAGAAGUCAUUGUUGGUGGUGUUCGCAUGGUCUAUCCUUCAGCGUUUGUUCUGAUCUCUCAGAAUGACAUCCCAGUUCCUCAGAGCGUUGCCGGUGCUGGAGGCCAUAUUACCGCUGGGCAGCAGGGACUGGGCAGUGUGAAGGACCCGAGUAACUGUGGGAUGCCUCUCACCCCGCCCACCUCUCCAGAGCAGGCUGUCAUAGGUGAGAGUGGAGGUACGCAGAGUGCUGUCAGUCACUUAGGCUCCCAAGACGGGGGGAUGAUAACUAUGCACAGUCCAAAGAGAUCGGGGAAGAUUCCUCCAAAACUCCACAAUCAUAUGGUCCAUCGAGUCUGGAAGGAAUGCAUCCUCAACAGAACCCAGUCCAAGAGGAGCCAAAUGUCAACUCCAACUCUUGAAGAAGAGCCUGCUAGCAGUCCUGCUUCUUGGGAUUUUGUGGACCCAACCCAAAGAGUCAACUGUUCCUGCUCUCGGCAUAAACUUCUAAAACGUUGUGCUGUAGGACCCAAUCGACCUCCCACAAUAUCUCAACCAGGGUUCAGUGCAGGACCAUCAUCAUCUUCAUCCUUACCACCUCCGGCUUCUUCUAAGCACAAAACAACAGAAAGACAGGAAAAGGGAGACAAGUUGCAAAAGAGACCCUUGAUACCAUUUCACCACAGGCCCUCCGUGGCUGAAGAGUUAUGCAUGGAGCAAGACCCACCGGGACAGAAGCUAGGGUUGGCAGGGAUGGACUCCUCCUUGGAGGUGUCGAGCAGCAGGAAGUAUGAUAAGCAAAUGGCCGUGCCUUCCAGAAAUACAAGCAAGCAAAUGAAUCUGAAUCCUAUGGAUUCACCUCAUUCCCCCAUUUCCCCUUUGCCACCGACACUCAGCCCUCAGCCACGAGGUCAGGAAACGGAGAGUUUGGACCCGCCAUCUGUCCCUGUGAAUCCAGCCCUCUACGGAAACGGGCUCGAACUCCAGCAGCUGUCUACUCUGGAUGACAGAACUGUCCUCGUAGGCCAAAGACUGCCCCUGAUGGCAGAGGUCAGCGAGACAGCCUUAUAUUGUGGGAUUAGGCCCUCGAACCUGGAGUCAUCGGAUAAGUGGUGGCAUAGCUUUUGUCUCCCACCCAUCGAUGAUGCUGAGUUCCGGCCUCCAGAGCUCCAGACUGAGAGAUGUGAUGACAAACUGGAGGUAAACUCAGAGAGCACUGCAUUGCAAAGGGCUCCUGGCUAUGGGAAGGGAUUUUUUUUAGAGGUCCUGCCUGUUGAAAUAAGUGGCUUAGUCUCUUUUGUUCCUUUUUCUUGUUCAGCAGUUGCAGACCUGCAGAGGAUGUUCCCCACCCCUCCGUCUUUGGAGCAGCACCCUGCGUUUUCUCCUGUGAUGAAUUAUAAAGAUGGAAUCAGUUCAGAGACAGCCACAGCGUUAGGCAUGAUGGAGAGCCCGAUGGUCAGCAUGGUUUCCACACAGCUCACUGAGUUCAAGAUGGAAGUGGAAGACGGAUUAGGAAGCCCCAAGCCCGAGGAAAUAAAGGACUUCUCAUAUGUGCACAAAGUUCCAGCGUUUCAGCCUUUUGUGGGAUCCUCCAUGUUUGCUCCGCUGAAGAUGUUGCCGAGCCAAUGCCUGCUACCUCUGAAGAUACCCGAUGCCUGUCUGUUUCGGCCUUCGUGGGCAAUCCCUCCUAAAAUCGAACAGCUGCCCAUGCCCCCUGCAGCCACUUUCAUUAGAGAUGGCUACAAUAAUGUGCCUAGCGUCGGGAGCCUAGCAGACCCAGACUAUCUGAACACACCACAGAUGAACACACCAGUGACGCUCAACAGCGCAGCCCCAGCCAGCAACAGUGGAGCAGGAGUUUUGCCAUCUCCAGCAACCCCUCGCUUCUCUGUCCCCACGCCACGAACCCCCAGGACCCCAAGAACUCCCAGAGGCGGGGGCACUGCCAGUGGUCAGGGGUCUGUCAAAUACGACAGCACCGAUCAGGGGUCACCAGCCUCUACGCCCUCCACCACGCGGCCCCUGAACUCUGUGGAGCCCGCCACCAUGCAGCCGAUUCCUGAGGCCCACAGUCUCUAUGUCACCCUGAUUCUCUCCGAUUCUGUGAUGAAUAUCUUUAAAGACAGAAACUUUGACAGCUGUUGCAUCUGUGCUUGCAACAUGAACAUCAAAGGGGCAGAUGUCGGGCUUUACAUCCCCGAUUCUUCCAAUGAGGACCAGUACCGCUGUACCUGUGGGUUUAGUGCGAUUAUGAAUCGCAAACUUGGCUACAAUUCAGGACUCUUCCUGGAAGAUGAGUUGGAUAUUUUUGGGAAGAAUUCUGACAUUGGUCAGGCUGCAGAGAGGCGCUUAAUGAUGUGUCAGACCACCUUUCUUCCUCAGAUGGAGGGAGCCAGAAAACCCCCGGAGCCACCUAUCAGCCUUCUUCUCCUCCUGCAGAGCCAACACACACAGCCCUUUGCUUCCCUGAGUUUCCUGGACUACAUCUCCUCCAAUAAUCGCCAAACUCUUCCCUGUGUAAGCUGGAGUUAUGACCGGGUGCAAGCAGACAAUAACGAUUACUGGACGGAAUGCUUUAAUGCCUUGGAGCAGGGCCGGCAGUAUGUGGAUAAUCCCACGGGUGGAAAAGUGGACGAAGCGCUGGUGAGAAGUGCCACUGUGCACUCUUGGCCUCAUAGCAACGUGCUAGACAUCAGCAUGCUCUCUUCCCAAGACGUGGUCCGUAUGCUGUUGUCCCUGCAGCCCUUUCUCCAAGAUGCCAUCCAAAAGAAGCGCACGGGCCGGACCUGGGAGAAUAUCCAGCAUGUGCAGGGCCCGCUCACCUGGCAGCAGUUCCACAAGAUGGCGGGACGAGGAACCUAUGGUUCAGAAGAGUCGCCGGAGCCGCUGCCCAUCCCUACUCUGCUGGUCGGCUAUGACAAGGACUUCCUCACCAUCUCACCGUUCUCCUUGCCAUUCUGGGAGAGGCUGUUGUUGGACCCGUACGGGGGCCACCGUGAUGUUGCCUAUAUUGUGGUGUGUCCAGAAAAUGAGGCCUUGCUCGAAGGAGCCAAAACUUUCUUCAGGGACUUGAGCGCUGUAUAUGAGAUGUGUAGGCUUGGGCAGCACAAGCCCAUCUGCAAAGUGCUCCGUGAUGGGAUCAUGCGCGUGGGGAAGACCGUGGCACAGAAGCUGACCGAUGAGCUCGUGAGUGAGUGGUUUAACCAGCCGUGGAGCAGUGAGGAGAAUGACAAUCAUUCCAGACUCAAACUUUAUGCGCAAGUUUGCCGCCAUCACCUAGCCAACCUACANCAGCUUUACUCCCCUCCUUUUAUAUUGGCCCCAAUCAAAGACAAGCAGACAGAGCUGGGAGAGACGUUUGGUGAGGCAAGCCAGAAGUACAACGUGCUCUUUGUGGGCUAUUGUCUGUCUCACGACCAGCGCUGGCUUUUGGCGUCCUGCACUGACCUCCACGGGGAGCUACUAGAGACCUGUAUUGUAAAUAUCGCUUUACCAAACAGAUCACGGAGGAGUAAAGUAUCUGCACGGAAAAUUGGACUGCAGAAGCUGUGGGAAUGGUGCAUAGGAAUUGUCCAAAUGACAUCUCUACCCUGGAGAGUCGUAAUUGGGCGACUUGGGCGUCUUGGCCACGGGGAGCUAAAAGAUUGGAGUAUCCUCCUUGGAGAAUGUUCCCUCCAGACAAUCAGCAAACGGCUCAAGGACGUGUGCCGAAUGUGUGGGAUCUCUGCCGCAGACUCUCCUUCUAUCCUUAGUGCCUGCCUGGUUGCCAUGGAGCCCCAGGGGUCCUUUGUAGUGAUGCCAGAUGCUGUCACAAUGGGCUCUGUUUUUGGCCGAAGUACUGCGCUAAACAUGCAGUCAUCUCAGCUUAACACCCCUCAAGAUGCUUCUUGCACACACAUCUUGGUAUUCCCAACGUCGUCAACCAUCCAAGUGGCUCCAGCCAACUACCCCAACGAAGACGGCUUUAGCCCCAACAAUGAUGACAUGUUUGUUGACCUUCCGUUCCCAGAUGAUAUGGACAAUGAUAUUGGCAUAUUAAUCACUGGGAACCUCCAUUCCUCUCCCAACUCCUCCCCAGUGCCCUCCCCGGGCUCUCCUGGAAUUGGUGUGGGUUCUCACUUCCAGCAUAGUCGGGUAAGGACGGUUCGAAGUAGUCCUUUAAAACAAUUUCAGUUUGUUUUGGAGCAGUACAACGCGCUCUCCUGGCUCACGUGCAAUCCGGCCACCCAGGACCGCACCUCCUGCCUUCCCGUCCACUUUGUGGUGCUCACUCAGCUGUACAAUGCCAUCAUGAAUAUACUUUAAUUGGAAAAGCACUUGUUCUCUCUGGCUCAGUUCCUUCUCCCUGCAACCUCAGCCCGAGGAGCCCGCUCUACUCUGCAGACAGCCCCCAUCCUCUUCUCGAGACCACUCGCCACAGCCCUGCACUGUGGUUCCUUCGCAGCAGGCACGUGUCGUUUCUGCAGCGUUCGUUCCCAGAGGGACGCACUGACACUCCUCCUGGACCUGGAAACUGCCGUGAGCAGUGACGUGCAGCCAGUGUGACGGUGUGUGCGGCCCCAAACCACUGGUCACAGGAAGGCUUUGGUGGUGGUGGCUUUUAAGAGGGCAGCAGAAGAGACAGUAUCCUUUUGCACAAGAGUCUGUGUUUUCAGUCUCUGUUUAAAAAUAAGGGUAUUUUGGCCCUUUGGAUGAAAUCCUCUAGUUAUUGGUAUAUGGCCUGUGGGUUACCUGAACUCCGUCAUCUGGGACUUUUUAAAAAUAAGAACCAGCUCCAGUACAUGAUUUCUCGGUGGGGUUU